AUGCAGCCGUUCCCUUCUCACGCUCCGACCAUGGUCGUCGACGGCGCUACUUUGCCCGUCUCAGACUUUGUUGAGCUCAAUGGAUUCAACCUGGCUAGCCACACCACCGCACUCGAGCAGUCGGUGCUUGGCAAGCCGCAUCUCUUGUCUGCCCUCAAUGGUUUUGCUCUACCAAACCCAAUCGUGUGCGGCAAGCGUUCGCGAUCCAACUCGGAAGCUUCCUCCUUGUCCUCGUCCACCGCAUCGGCAACUCAUCAUGCCUCGGUCUUCUCUUCGGACAACGAAGGCUCCGAGGCGGCCUUCGGUUCGCAAACCAGCGUUGGCGAACAGACCCCUUCGUCUCGCAAGAGCUCUAUAGCGCAGAGCUUCUCACAUGAGCAGUAUGAACAGCUUGCCGCCUGGCGGGCCGACAUGCUUGCUGCAUCGAAGACUGCAUCGCAGUCUGAGCGUCAACGCUGCGUCAAACGCAUCCGUCACCUUGAAGGCAAGGUCGUCAAGCUUGCCUCGGACUUUGUCACGGCCGCCUCGCAGCCAGCGCAUCCUAUGCCGCCGACCACCGCCCCCACUGCCGAUGCUAUGCAAGCUGUCUCUGCUCCCAGUAUCUCUCCGGUAUCUUCCUCUUCCUCCUCGUCCUCGACCGACGGCUCCAAGAUGGCUCUUGUCGAUUGUCUAGUUGAUGCCUCAUGCCGGACUCUCGAUAGAAUUUGGAAUGCCUCCACGCCCGCGGCCUCGUGUGAUCUCGCCAAAGGCAAGGAUGCUCUUCCCCUCCAACUCUUUGUGCGCGAAACGCUGCGUCGUGGACGCACUUCCUGCUCCACCUUGCAGGCUGCGCUGCUCUACUGCGUCAGGCUCGGCCAAGCCACGGAGAAUUCAAAGCAGUUGACACUCACGCAGUCGACACGCGCUGCUGGUAUCGAUGUUCAAGUCGAGACACAAGCUAUUUCUCCCCUGCACGGCAUGACCAAGGAAGAGCUUUGCCUGAUUCGAUGUCCGCGUCGCAUGUUCCUGGCAUCGGUCAUCACUGCCUCCAAGUUUGUUCAGGACCGUUGCUAUUCCAACCGAGCCUGGUCCAAGAUUUCGGGACUUCCCGUCAAGGACCUCGGCAAGCUCGAGCGCGCCUUUCUCAAAGCCAUUGACUACCGUCUGAUGGUGCCUGAGGGCGACUGGGAGAAGUGGACCGCAGAGCUCAAGCGUGCUCACGCGGUUCAAAAUGCUGCCUCUACUGAGGUUGGCGACGUCGCUGGUAGCCGCAGCAGUUUGAACCGGUCGCAAUCGGACAACAUCACUAACGCUGCCGUUGCGCUCGACACGGAACUUCGUGCUGCGAGCCCUUGCCAACCCUCGCAGGUGCAGCCCAAGUAUCGCCGUCUCAGCGGCGCACACCAGCAAAUGCAACAGCACCAGCAGCUCGCUUCGUCAUUGGUCGCAGACAUCGCUCUGCCUUUCCCUCGCGCAGCUGCCGUCGCAUCUGCCGAGGUCUAA